AUGCAUAUCAAAUUAACAACCGAUGUGCCCGUGUACUAUAGACCCUACAAAUUAUCGCAUGGCGAAAAAUUAAAAGUACGCACUAUAGUGAAGGAUCUGCUCGAUAAAGGAAUUAUUCGCGAGUCCGAUUCAGAAUACGCUAGUCCGAUCUUGCUCGUAAAAAAGAAGGAUGGUUCUGAUAGAAUGGUCGUUGACUAUCGUGCAUUGAAUCGAAUAACCGUUAAAACUAGAUAUCCUCUCCCCUUGAUCAACGACUAUAUAGACAGGCUAGGCAAUGGUCGCUGGUUUAGCUCUCUGGAUAUGGUUUCCGGUUUCCAUCAACUUAGAGUUGCAGAAGAGUCGAUUCAUAAGACCGCAUUCGUUACACCAGAGGCGCAGUAUGAAUAUUGCAAGGUACCCUACGGUUUGGCGAACGCGCCUAUAUUUUAUCAGAAGACUAUCUCUAAAACGCUUAAAUCUUUUAUCGAUGCCGGAAAAGUCAUGGUCUACAUAGAUGACGUAUUAAUAAUGACGGUCGGGAUUGACGAACACCUCGUUUUAUUAGAUUCGGUUAUGAAAACGCUAACUGAAACAGGUUUUUCAAUUAAUUUAAAGAAAUGUACUUUUGUUACUAACGAAAUAGAAUACUUGGGUAGGAUUAUAAGAGAUGGUCAGGUUAGACCGAGCAAUUAUAAAAUUGAUGCGUUAGAUAUGAGGUUCAAUUGUUAG